AUGCCAUUCCAUCAUGUCACGGCUGGACUGCUGUACAAAGGAAACUAUCUGAACCGGACACUCUCAGCAGGAAGCGACAGUGAACAAUUGGCCAACAUCUCAGUGGAAGAAUUGGAUGAAAUUCGGGAAGCUUUCCGAGUCCUGGACCGGGAUGGCAAUGGCUUCAUUUCCAAGCAGGAACUGGGAAUGGCCAUGCGCUCUCUGGGAUACAUGCCUAGCGAGGUGGAACUGGCAAUUAUUAUGCAGCGGUUAGACAUGGAUGGAGAUGGUCAAGUUGAUUUUGAUGAAUUCAUGACGAUCCUUGGGCCUAAACUGGUCUCCUCAGAAGGGCGGGAUGGCUUUUUGGGCAAUACAAUUGACAGCAUAUUCUGGCAGUUUGACAUGCAACGGAUAACAUUGGAGGAGCUUAAACACAUCCUCUACCAUGCGUUCCAGGACCACUUAACAAUGAAGGACAUUGAAAAUAUUAUCAUCAAUGAAGAGGAGAGUUUAAACGAGAACUCUGGUAAUUGUCAAACGGAAUUUGAAGGAGUGCAUUCCCAGAAACAAAACCGACAGACCUGUGUACGGAAGAGCUUAAUAUGCGCUUUUGCUAUGGCCUUUAUUAUCAGCGUCAUGUUGAUCGCAGCCAAUCAAAUCCUCCGAAGUGGCAUGGAGUAG